AUGAGGGACUCAAAUCAUAGAUCUGUACUGGGGAAUAGACCCGUAGUUACGAUCACACCAACAGUUUACGAUCGUAGAGCUUUGGAUGUGGACUCGAACAUUCCUCUAAUAAACUCUCUAAAUCAUUUGACUUAUUUGACUUCGAACUCCGAAAAAGUCAGAGAAACCUUAGCGAGCGAUGGUGCGUUGGAAAGGCUCGUCUCGAUAUUACAUGGUUGCUAUAUACCGCUGUUCCAGCUUCUAGGACAUGAUUUGAAACAUGUAAGCAAGCACAAACAUGCAGAAAUGAUCUGGAGACAGAAAAAUUUGGCAAUGUGUGCAUGGAAAUGGACUUUAGCAUUUCAAUGCCUGGUACUUACCGGUACGAGAGGCACUGAACAGAUAAGGAAAAAAGUGGUAUCAUCAGGAGUAGUGCCGUUAUUGGCAACUGAGCUUGAUAAUUAUUUAAUUUAUCAUAAGAAUUACGAUCAUUUUACCGGAGCUCAACUCGAUAUAGAUCUGCCUUCAUUGGAAACUGAAGAAUCUUAUUUAAAGCUUCGCAAGGACUCGAGUGAAACUUAUGAAGAAUACAUCGAAUAUAUUACUGGACGGGAACCACUUAGAUUAUCGAAUGAUAAGGAUUUUGUUUAUGAGGAAUUAUCAAGACCAUCAAUGACACUUCCGUCAGAUUUUGUUGAUAUCUGGUGCUCUGAUUCAAAGUGUCAUCACAAAAAUGCAGGAAAUUCUCGUGAUGACGCUAUUCACAGCUGUAAGCACCAUAAUGAUAGCGAGGAAACAUUGGCGGACAAAGAGCCCAACGAAGAUUGUUAUUUCCAGCUGGACGAGGAAGAUGAUCAUCAGCUAUCCAUAACCAUUCCGAGGGACUUUUUCCUGGGAAGAAUAGUUCCGAAACAGGACGACGUAAUUUGGUCUUUACAACUAUUAGCAUUUAUUUCCAAGUACACAUACAUGAAGCAGCAGUUGCAAAACGUUGAGCUUAUAGAAACUCUUUCAUUCAGGGCGAUUUUGGGGAGAGUAAAGGAAAGGAUAAAACUCACCAGAAACCCAAUAGAGACUUUAAAAUUACCACUAGCAAAAGACACCGAUAUGCUAGAUGCCUAUCCCAUAGGUACUGAAAAACGCCCAGAAAUAGAUCCUUUUUUAGUAGAGCUUCAAAAGCUUGUGGACGAAUGUAGAGACACACAAACGAAAAGUGAUUCCAAUGCCAUGUUCGGGAAUCAAAGAUCGUAUGGUUUUCGUGAUACCAGCAAUUUUACUGUAACAGAUAAAUCACGAGUAUUACAAGAGAAGCAUUUGGUUAGAGAUUUUGAGGAAAAAUGGAACUAUGAUAACCUAUCGAUCGAUCUUGAUGAUGAUACAUGGACAUAUAUUAAUUCAAAGAGACACUUGAAUCUAUUCCCUCUGGUCGAGAGGUGUACAGUUAGCCAUGAGAAUCCUCAUGAUAUGGUUUAUUGGAGCUCUGUGAUAAUGAGAAAUUCUUGCAGAAAAAACGAAAUCACUGGUGUGCGUCAAUGUGCAAAUUUCGAUUGCGGGAAGUGGGAAGACUAUCCCAGACAAUUCGCUAAAUGCCGCCGCUGCAAGCGAACGAAAUACUGUUCCCGAGAGUGUCAAUUGAAGGCAUGGACAUAUCAUAGAUUUUGGUGCCACGAAGGCGGUUCUAGUGUUGAGUCGUCAGGUGGUAAUACUGGCGAAACCACACCAGGUACUGCCCAAAACUCGGAUACAUCAACAACUGCCACUCGUACUAUUCAUGGGAAUAUUCCUUUAGCUGACACAUUAGUAAGUGCAGCGAACGAUCAUGAACCAAAUGCAACAAUCAUUGAAAACACGUCCGUUACCAUUAGUGCAGAGGACUCAGGGGCUGAGGCGAACAUCACAACUGCUGCUACACUGGAAAGAGUAGCUGCCCCUACCGAGCCCCUAGAUAUUAUUCAAAACCGAAAUGUUAUUGAUCACUCGCAUCAUCUUAGUGAGAAUAGGUAA